AUGCAGGUAGUUAUUCGACGACUUCCUCCUUGUCUAACUAAGGAGCAACUGGAGGAACAGCUACAUCCUCUACCUGCCCAUGAUUAUUUUGAGUUUUGCACUGCUGAUCCCAGCCUUUAUCCUCAUCUCUACUCAAGAGCAUACAUAAACUUUAGAAAUCCUGAGGACAUCCUUCUUUUUAGAGAUCGCUUUGAUGGCUAUGUCUUCAUUGAUAAUAAAGGUUUGGAGUAUCCUGCAGUGGUUGAAUUUGCUCCGUUCCAGAAGAUUUCAAAAAAGAAGCUAAAGAAGAAAGAUGCCAAAGCUGGGAGCAUUGAAGACGAUCCAGAAUAUAGGAAAUUUUUAGAGGGUUAUUGUGCUGAUGAAGAGAAAAUCUGUGCCAAUCCUGAGAUUCUUUUGGGAGAGAUUGAGGCCAAAACAAGGGAACUCAUUGCUAGAAGAACAACACCCCUUUUGGAAUAUAUUAAAAAUAGAAAAUUAGAAAAGCAGAGAAUACGAGAAGAGAAAAGAGAAGAACGAAGGCGGAGAGAACUGGAGAAGAAACGUCUGCGGGAGGAAGAGAAAAGGAAGCGCAGAGAGGAAGAAAGACGUAAAAGGAAAGAAGUGGAAAAGCAAAAGAAAAUUUCUGAAAAAGAAAUAAGGAUCAAGCUUCUCAAGAAGCCUGAAAAAGGAGAUGAACUGGCCAGUGAAAAGCACAAAGAAAAAUGUGAAGAAGCUGACAUUGAGGAGAGCAAAUGGGAUAAAUCACCUGGAUCUGGGAGUAUAAAAUCCAAAUCUUUGGAGAGUUCAUUAAAAGAACUUAAGGAAAAGUCACAAAAUGAUAGUGACAAAGAACAAAGAGAUUUGGAGAGAAGAUACCGAGAAAAAGAACCUGAAAGACAAAGGUAUCGAUCGGAUGAUGGCAGAAAGCAUAGAGCUCACUAUGAGUUUGACAAGUUUGUGAGAAGGAAUGAAGACGAGCUGAAAUGGGGGAAAGGAUACAGCCAAGACAGAGGAAAGAAAGGGAACUACAACUACAGCUUCACUGUGGAGGCAGUAGACAAACUGGGUAAAGAGGACAAGUGUGAUGACAUGGCAUCCAAAAAGGAGCGCAUAAGAAAUAAGGAUCGCCCAGCCAUGCAGUUAUACCAGCCAGGAGCUCGCAUUCGAACACAUAUGGGAUGUACAAGUAAAACCUACGACUGCGGUGGGAAAGCCUUUGAAGAUGCUCUUGAUAAAAAGUAUGAUGCAGAUAAUUCAGCUGGAGGUGGUUCUGAGAAGAGCGAAGAAGAGUAAAACAAACUGGAGGACAGGCUUGUGAGAAAGGAUGAACUUCAGAUUCAGUGUCGUCACAAAAAAAUAAAUAAAUUUGUAGGGCUGUUUCAGAACCCCUCGGGCGAUUGCACUAACAAAAUUACAAUAGCUCUGCCUCUUCCUUUC